AUGAGCGAGACUUGCGCGAAUCCCCUGCUCCUGGGGUGGAUUAAAGAAUGGCUGGAUCAAGCUCGAGAGCGCAAUACCAAAGGGGUCACGGUCUACAAAAAAGCGUACGACUCAAUGAAAGCCUGUCCGUUGGUCUUUCAACACCCUGCAGAGGCUCAGCAGCUCAACGGACUUGGUCCUAAACUUUGCGAUCGAUUAACCGAUAAGCUCAAGGAAUACUGUGCGGAAAAUAGACUUGAGAUGCCCGAGGAUCCACGUGCGGCAAGCAACAAGCGAGCCUCCACGGAUGGCACCAACGAAAGUCAACCAGCGAAGAAACCUCGAAAGGCUAAGCCUUACGCACCUACGUUCCGGUCUGGCCCGUACGCGUUAAUCCUUGCGCUGGGUACUUUGGACGAAAAUUCGUCUCAGAGCAUGACAAAGGCACAGUUGAUUGAAACGGCUCAACCAUUUUGUGACAGCUCCUUCACGGCGCCUACGGAUCCUACGAAAUUUUUUACUGCCUGGAACUCGAUGAAGACUUUGCUCCAGAAGGAGCUUGUCUAUACGCAUGGGCAUCCGCUGAAACGGUAUGCACUGACGGAGGAGGGAUGGGAGGUUGCAAAGGCUAUGAAAAAGACUGCACUUCCAUCCGGUCAGAAUACACUGCCGUUCACAGCCCAGUCGGGAAACAAAGCUAACUCCGUCAAGACAACGACUACAAUUGGCAUUGCUUCCUCCCAGAGUAACCGCAUGCCGAGCUUUCCGCAACAAAACACGGGCGAAAGUCAAGGACCAGCCCCAGGCGUCUACGAGCGAGCGGGAGAGGAUGCGGAUAACACCCCUGUCACGCCUAUUGCUAUUCCCCCAGACAGCUUCACCGUCCAGUUGAUUCUCGACACCCGGGAGGUCCGCACGUCUAAAGACCGAGAUUACAUUUCCAACGAACUAGGCAAGAAAGAGAUCACGCCGGAGGUGCGGGCUCUGGAAGUUGGCGAUAUCAUGUGGGUGGCCAAAUUCCACGAUCCCACAUUUUUAUCCCAGUAUGGCGAAGAAGGCGACGAAGUAAUGCUGGAUUGGAUCGUGGAACGCAAAAGACUCGACGAUCUUGUGGGAUCGAUCAAGGAUGGCAGAUUCCACGAACAAAAAUUCCGUCUUCGCCGUUCCGGUAUAAAGAAUGUGAUCUAUCUGAUCGAAGAAUUCUCAGUGGUCCAUGAUGCCAACAGUGCCAUGGCCGCGAAAUAUCACGAAAUGGUAGCCUCGGCAAUUGCGUCGACGCAGGUCGUCAACGGCUACUUUGUCAAAAAAACCAAGAACCUCGACGACACCAUCCGUUAUCUAGCGCGAAUGACAUUUCUUUUACGGAAGAUGUACAGUCCAUCCACCGUCUCUCCUCCCGCCAACACUCUCCGCCUGAUCCCUAGCCGCCAGCUCUCAUCGCUCUCACGGCCGUAUCUAGCCACCAUCGAACACCUCCGAUCCGAAACCGCCCCGGCCGUGACGUACGGCGUGACAUUCUCGACGUUUUGCGCGAUCGCGUCCAAAUCCGAGGCUCUCACUCUCCGCGACGUCUUUCUCAAGAUGCUGAUGUGCACCCGCGGCGUCACUGGCGACAAAGCCCUCGAGAUACAGCGUCGAUGGCCCACGCCACAAGCGUUUAUUAAAGCUUUUGAAGCGUUGGAUGCCAAGGAGCGAGAGACCAUGGUCUCGGAUCAUGUACAGUCGUAUGUGGGACGGAAGAAGAUAGCGAAAGUUUUGAGCAAGAAGAUAUGUGAAAUAUGGGGGGAGUAA